AUCUUUUCUCAAAAAAAAAAAAAAAAAAAUGUAAGACACCCCAUACAUUGUAAUUGCAGAGAAACUUCAUGGUUUCUCCAAUUGUGGAAUAGAAAUGCCUCUGCGGGCUCUGCCUUAUGCCUACUCCAUUAUUAUUAACCUCUUCUUGUUCUUCUUCUUCUUCUUUUGUUUCCCUACAAGCCAUUCCCUCCAUUAGUUUCUCUCAGCUCUCUUUCUCUCUUUUCAAUCUUCGAAAAUGGACCGAGGACUUCAAGAGAUCGUCCUGAAAGGCGAUGUGCUUACCUUCCUUAGCCUAUUUGAAGGAAAUGAAAACAUAAUUAACCAAAAAAUCCCUUCAGGGUCAUCAAACACGAUUCUACACAUAGCAGCGCUUCAUGGGCAUCUAGAAUUGGGAAAAGAGAUCGUGAAGCUCAGGCCGGAGAUGGUGUCUGAGGUUAAUGAGAAGAUGGAGACCCCUUUGCAUGGAGCAUGCAGAGAAGGGAAGUUGGAGAUGGUGAAGCUGUUGAUAGAGACUGAUCCUUGGGUGGUUUAUAAGGUGAACAGAGAUAAUGAAAGUGCUCUGUUUGUGGCCUGUGAAAGAGGGAAGCUUGAGGUGGUGAAUUAUCUCUUGAAUUUUCAUUGGUUACUCAUGUCGGAGGUUGAUAGCUUGACUACUUCUCUUCACAUUGCAGCUUUAGGAGGGCAUACAGAAAUUGUUAAGGAAAUCUUGAAAAUAAGGCCAGAUUUUGCAUGGAAGAAGGACAAGAACGGGUGCACUCCUCUACACUUGGCUUGCAGCAAAGGCCAUCUCGAGACAACCAGAGAAUUGCUAAGAUUUGAUACAGACCUUUCUUCUUUACAAGAUAAUAUUGGCCGUACACCUCUCCAUUGGGCUGCAAUCAAAGGCCGACUCAGCAUCAUCGACGAGAUUCUAUCAGUCAGCCUUGAAUCUGCUGAGAUUAUAACAAAAAAUGGAGAGACAGUCAUUCAUUUGGGAGUUAAAAACAACCAGUUUGAUGCUAUUAAGUACCUGAAGGAGAAUCUCAACACCACAGAGCUUAUUAAUAAGCCCGAUAAUGAUGGCAAUACUGCUUUGCAUCUAGCAACUGCUGGAAAACUUAGCACUAUGGUGAUCUACCUACUGAAAAUGAACGCCGACGUGAAUGUUAUAAACCGCAAGGGACAAACUGCACUAGACGUAGUUGAGUCAGACGUCAGCAACUCUGGUGCGCUGGCGAUUAUACCAGCAGUACUAGAUGCAGGAGGCAAGAGAGGUGACCAAAUGCCACCAAUUUCCAGAGAAAUUCAACAAAUACAAAACACAGGAAACACCUCUAAUAACGUACAAAUUUCAUCUCCAAAUUCUCCCAAUCACCAUCGCCACCACCGCUGCAAGCAUCGCCGCCGGGAAAAACAGUUAGAAGUCCAAAGCGAAGGUCUACGUAAUGCACGUAAUACAAUUAUUAUCGUCGCAGUUUUGAUUGCCACUGUUACAUUCGCAGCCGGCAUAAACCCGCCUGGUGGGUUUAACCAAACUACAGGAAAAAGUAUGGUGGGGAUGCAUACUUCUUUUAAGGUUUUCGUGGUAUGUAAUAUUCUAGCACUGUUUCUGUCACUAGGGGUUGUUAUUUUCCUAGUCAGCAUUAUCCCUUUUCGACGAAGAUCGAUGAUGAAAUUAUUGGCAGUGACACAUAAAGUGAUGUGGGCGUCCACCUCAUUCAUGGCGGCCGCUUACAUUGCCGCCAUGUGGACAAUAUUGCCACAUGGACAAGGGUGGGGUGCGGUGUGGGUUUUGGUGGCAAUGGUGGGUAUAGGAGGAGGAAGCACAAUGGCAAUUUUUGUGGGUUUAGGGUUUUUGUUCACGAAACAUUUGGUUAGGAAAUGGGAAUGGAGAAAAAGAAAUAAGGAAAAGAGAAAAAAUGAAAGCCCAAGUAGUAGUAUUAGUCGCUUAGAAGAAAUGAAGGUUAUUAAAAGAGGAAGUUGUGAGACUACUAGUAAUUCAGAUGUUGAUAGCUCUGACCAAGGUGGUUACCACUUGUAUUAAUUACUUAAUUAAUUAGAUUUAAUUAAGUAGUAAUUAUGUAGUUCUAGAUUUAAUUUAUUGGUUAGAUAGGUAGCCUUGUUAAUUAAUUUGCUUCCUUAUUAUUGAAUCUUUAUAUCAGCAAUAA